AUGGCUGCAACAACUGCUCAGUGUUCACUGCGGUUGAGAAUUUCUAGGGUGAAAAGAUUGUUACGAGAGUGCCAGUACAGAGUAUUGGCAGUUUCUGAGUUAAACCCAGAAGCAGAAUUGGGUGAUUCGAACAAGGAUGCCACUAUUGACAUAAAACUGCCUAGAAGAAGUCUGCUUGUACAAUUUACUUGUAAUGAAUGUGGUGAAAGGACACAGAGGCUCAUAAAUCGCUUGGCUUAUGAACGGGGGCUUGUUUUUGUACAGUGUGCUGGGUGUCUGAAGCAUCACAAGUUAGUUGAUAACCUUGGUCUGGUGAUUGAGUAUGACUUGCGGGAAGAAAUCAGCAUGGAAUCAAAUACAGAUGAAGUUUGAUAACUGAUGACGAAAUCAUUUUUUGUAUAGUUUGGUUGUGAUAUUUUUUAAAAUUCAUGUUCAUCUAAUAUUCUCUUUUUCCUGUCAAAAGAUAAAAUAAAGUAUUCUUAUAAAUGAAAUGGAAAAAAAUACAAAAAUGUCAA